AUGAUUGCUCCUAACUCCAAUGUUACCCCGGUGUUCUAUUUUGACACUGACCUGCUUCUUGACGUUGGUGAAUCCGAGACCUGUCCUAUCAAAUUCUCUGACAAGUGCUCCGUUGUUGGAUUUGGUAUUGUCAUUGCUAAACGUGAAGUGUCUGAAGAGCUUGUAAACAGCACGAUUAAAAAUCUCAUUGUUACCCUCCAACAUUUGGAUUAUGAUCCUUUGACCAAGCAACAAAUCCAGUUCAAGGCCCAAUACAAAAUCAGCGGUUGCAAAAACUUGGCCAAUACCUUCGGCCUGUUCCAACUUGGACGCGAGGCGCUCCUCUCUGGAAACAUUUGUGGUUAUGACAAAGAGACUUUUAUGUGGAUGAUCAAUACCCUUGCGGUCUCAAUUGCGUCAGGUCAUCAAUCAACUGGCUUGAUCCAGAAUCUAGGGCCCGGUAAAACUCCCGCUGUUCGCCGCCGCCCUGGGUUGAUCUCAUUGGAAGAUUGGGGCAGUUCGAGUUUGAAACCAAUUCAGAUCAAUGAUGAAGCGGCGAUAGUUAGCCACGUUCCAUCCACUUCUGAAUCAGCUCCUGGCAACGGCGAAGCCAAUCACAAGAAUUAUUACAACACUAUUGCCAGCACAGGUUCCAAAAAAAGAACUAGGAAGGACAUUCUUGCUGAUGCUAAACGCGCCAAGAAGGACCUGUGCGCACCGGCAGACGCAAAGCCCUUGGCCUCCGGAAAUGUUCAAGGACCAAUCCCCUGA